AUGGCCUCUGCCUCCGCCACCGCCGCCUGGCCCCACGGCGCCAAAGCCGCCCUCUCCUUCACAAUGGACAACCUAGGCGAGGCCCAGGACGUCCGCACCGGCGCCCACCCUUCGUCCCAGCCCAUAGGCCAGUCCCCCGCCGUGCUGACUACCCUGCCCCGGAUGCUCGAUCUCCUAGACAAACCCGCCGCCGCCGGCCACGCACCGGUCAAGGCCACUUACUUUGCCGAGUCCUGGUCGUUGCCCGUGUACCCCGCCGCCGUGGCAGAACUGCAACUCAGGGGCCACGAGGUCGCAUGGCACGGGUACCAGCACGAGGUCUGGAAGGUGCUAUCUGGUGCCGAUGAGGAGGACAGUUUUGCGCGGAGCUUUGAGGCCGCUGGGAAGCACGGCGUGGUGUACGAGGGGUUCCGGCCCCCAGGGGGUGACAUCAAUGGGGCUCGGACGUUUGAUCUGCUCAGGCGGUACGGUGUGCGGUACGUCUCGCCACUCGGUCGGUUCGGGGUUGAUGCGAAAAGUGGUGUCGUGGUAUUGCCGUUUGAGUGGGAGACUGUCGAUGCCUUUUGGUACAUGGACAAGUUCGCGGCGGUCAGGAAGGCGCACGGCGUUCAGGAGGAUGAGGCGGGGCCCACGCAAUUUAGGGACUAUCUGUACAAGAAAAUCGAAGACGUGAAGCGGGAGGGCGGAUAUAUCUCCAUACUGUUCCACCCAUUCUUACAGACGAGCCAAGGAAAGUUCAAGGUCUUGGAGGAAGUGCUGGAGCGCAUCAGCAAUGAUGGCGACCUGUGGCUCGCCCCAUGUAAUGAAGUUGCUAGAUGGGUGGCGGAGCAUGCAGACCAGUUCGCCCUUGAGACAUGA